AUGCGCCCAGCCACAGAUGAGUUCGAGCCCGGGUUCGGCUCUGUAUUUUGGGUCGACUUUGACAGUACGCAAGUUCUUCGGCGUUCUUCGACAACUUCCCGGUGUGCAAAGGCAUCCUUCGGUGCGAACGGUACCAUUGCGCUACCUUAUGCCCAGUUGGUUAUGCAGAACCAGAAAGAUUGGGCCAAAGGACAUCGGCUUAAUGAGAUUCUAGUGUGGGUUUUCAUCGGUCUCGAAGACCAAGAGGUGCUCCUUGAACUUUUAAAGAGAGCGCUGCAGGCUGCAGACAAGACUAGAAUGCGGAGUUAG